GGGCGGCGGUGGAGGUGGGGGUGGAGGUGGAGGAGGAGGUGGUGGAGUCGGUGGUGCCCUGACAUUGAUGGGCUGUGUCAGAGAGGCAUCGCCUCCUCCUCAGAAUCAUCAUCAGCAACAUCAUCGAAGUCUCGGUGUCGGAGAGUUCUCCGCGCAGAACAGCAUCGAUCCUCUUCCAAAAGAGCCGAAAAAGAGACGUUUCCACCCUCUUCGUGGCUUGAGGAAGAUCUUCCGGCGUAAGAGCCGGGGCGCAGCCGAUGUCCGAUUGGUCGCCAGCCACGUCGACAGGGAUGCGGAGCUCGCGCGACUCCCGAGGGAAGACAUCACCGACAGACAUCCUGCGGGACGUCCCGAGGAGGCUCGCAGCAGGAGUGCCAGCGAACUGCUCACGGACUCGUGCGAUCGAGAAAGACAAAAUACGCGCACGUCGAAAAGAUACAAGCUGACGACGACUUCCAAGUCACGUCGUUCCUUCAAACACGUAUUCCUUAGGAGGACAGGCAUAGAGGAGUCGUUCGCGAAACUACGGGGAGGAGCUGGAAAAUUGUCCGUGUCGCACGACAGCGUUUUCCCCGGAGAGGUUCCUCAUACUAGACCUCUCUCGUCUCUGGCUAGUCUGGCUACCCUCGAGCGAAGGCAAUCGAGAAAGAGCAACGAGAUCGAGCACAAAGAAUACAAUCAGCACGUCGCGCAGAGGCACAGGAUAUCUCUCCGGGUGCUGGAACAAAUAAAGACGGUCAUAGAAAAUCGGAACCAGGUAACUACGGCGACUUCCUCGGAUACCACGAGUACCGUUCACGCUGUCAGUGAACGUUAUCAGCAGGAAACCGCCGAGAAUCGUUUCGCCAGCUACGAGAAGCAGGAAAUAAACGAAGAGGAGAAUCAAGCGAAGGACAAAGCGGAGGACGAGUCGACGGGAUCCGGAAAACCUUCGUGCAGGAUCGAGGAUCGACCACGCUCGAAGCCGGAAACGAGACAACGGAUCCCGCCAAUUAUUAAAGACGCGAGCCCACGAAUCGAGGAAACCUGUGAGAGUUCAAGAUCGUCAAAGGACGCGAUCGAUCGAGUUAUCCCUGUGGCCAAAGAAGACUUACCGCAACUAGAAAGCGCGAGUCUGAACCAUACAGCGGCUCAUCAUCGAAUUUCUGUACGACCUAAAAACCGACGACCUCCGAGACGCACCGGUUCGCAAGCGACCAACACCUCCACGUCCACCAUUACUACCAUCGCGGAAGAUUCGCUGGACAGUCUGGACCAACAAACGAUAAACGCGAACAGCAAUACGUCUUCGCCAACCGAACCCAAAACGGUAUCUGUAACGAGGAAAUCAUCGAGCAGGUUAUCUCGUACGUCGGACAUUUUCGAAGAACUAGAAACCAAAUUGCCGAGGAAACCAUCGAGCGCAGCCUCGUUGUCUCCUGACAGUUUGGACGCCAUUAGUCCAACGAGAACGAACACGGAGACAAACGAAGAGCAGCCGGAAAUCCGUUCGGUCGUCAGGAAGUCGUCGAGUCGAAUAGCGAAGAACUCGGAAAUCUUUGAAGAACUGGAAUCCAAAUUACCUCGAAGAAGAUCCUCCAACAGACUGUCCAAAUCUCCGGAUAGUUUAGAGGUGGCCUCCUGUUGGUUCUCCAAAUCGAGCGAAGGUUUCGACAAGCUAACAGAGUACGAGGAAGCGAAACCUGUCGUUAGAAGAUCGUUGAAUCCGAUUUCGAAGUCGAUCGACCGCGUGUCCAAGUCGUCGGACAGCCUGGAGGCCAUCGAGGCACUCACCAGCGACGAGUCCAUCGAACGUAGAAGGAGUAGCUUCGAGUUCCGUGCUCGUAGAUCCUCCAAGAACAUAUCAAAGUCUUCGGAAAGCUUCGAGGUGUUGGAACAAACUCAGACUGGUUCGGACACUAUGCAGGAGCUACAGAAGAGAAGCAGCAUUUCGGACGUCAAUCUAGCCAGAGGAAGGAGGUUGUCGAAAAGCAUCUCAAAGUCUUCGGAGAGCUUUGAGAGGAUCGAGAUAAACGAGAGCAAGGACGAAGAAGAGAAUGCCGGAGAAGAUAGCUUUGGAAAAUGUUGUAGAAGAUCCUCGAAAAGGAUGUCGUCCGAGAGUUCGGAUAAUUUGGAAAUGGACGACAGAUUGGAGAACAGGAGGAUCAGGAGGACACCGAAGAGAAUAGCCAGCUCUAGUUUCGUAGAUAUCGUUCCGACGGAUGAUCAAGAAGAGGAGAAGAGACCGAUACCCGUCAGAAAGCCAUCCAGGCUUCAGAAAUCUUCGGAAAGCUCGGAACUUGGUAGCACGGAUACCUUAGACUCUGAGAGGAGAAAUAAAUCCUCCGAGAGCACGGAAACUCUGGACAGUUUAGAGAGAGAUUUGGAUCAGAACAAAAAACAAGAGGAUCUCGUCGAUGCUAUGGUGGAUAAUAAGCGCGAGAAAAACGACUGUUGGACCAACAAGAACGUAACGACGGAUGAAAUCUCGCCAGUUGCCGACGGUACAGAGGACUCAAAGUCCUUAAUCUCGCCGGAUAAGUUCUAUUGGCGUCAGUCGUCGGAAUCGAAGGAAAACAUCGAUAUCCAUCAGCUGUUAGCAAUCACUAUAGUUACCAGAAUGGCCGACAAUGGCAAUAAUCAACGAAGCUCUGUGAUUUAUCCUAAGAAAAAGCAACAAAUCACCACUUCUCAGCCCACCUCUCCAGUCGCCAAACAAGAAGAUAACAAGAUGUUGUUCGACAAUCUCCUUGUCAGUAAAAACGACGAGGACUUGCAAAACAUGUUGAACGGAAAUAUAUCAGAAGUGUCCACGGAUACGAAAACCUUUAAGGAAAAGCUCAUCAUGUUCGAGAAACUUGGAAAAUGAACUGCAUAUCGUGUAUACAAUGAAUUAAGAUUGAUUUGAUUGAUUUUCGUCUGUCGAUAUGCUUUUACAUCCGUUUAAGUGGAACAUAAGAGGCUGUAACAAAGCUAUUCAAAAGAUUCGAGCUUCCGUUAAAGGACACGAUGCCUGUUUUCUUACAAACGUCAAUUUUAUUUGUAGACUGAAUAGACUGGAGAAGAUAAGGAUAUAUGUAAGAAAGAGAAUUAAGAGGGACAAUAACGUAACAUUAUUUCUUUAAAUUUUGUAUGUUUUCAUAAAAGAAUUUCUUUAAUUCGAAAAGAAAAAUUAACGCGUUGAUUGCCUGAUCAUCGCUUCAGCGUAAAAUUUCCAUUGAAGUUAUAUGAAAGUCAAUGCGUUAACCGCCGUGUUAUUUAAAUUCUUCCGUUGCUAUCAUUGUUUUUAAUUCGUAAUAAGAAUCACGUAUUGCAUUAGGAUUACCAGUCCUAUCUGAACCCAGUAUUAGCUGGUGCACGAUAUCGUAAACCGACCGCAAUAUUAUCGUGCUUGCAAAUUCUUUUCGUGUUAGGCACCCAGCGUUUCGUGAAACUUGUUGUAUAGUAGUUUAGAGGAGGCGCAAAUAGACGUCGCGUUUCGUUCCGUUGUGCAAGUACAAAAGAGAAGAAACAGAAAACCCCGUUACAGAGUUAGGCACGAUCGUGAACGACAACAUACGAAUAAAGAAAAAAGGAGAAAAAAAGAACGGGUCGCGUUCUCAAAAAGAACAAGUUCAGUUAGAAUGCGUUUAAACACAGGGUAUCGUUAAUAAACGAAAACAUCGUGUGAAAUAAUUCAUAUCUACAAACGUUAUGGUAAUCUAUUGGAAAAUGCUGCCUUUCCAUUACCAAUUUAAUAUUUUCUAUGUAUAUCGAUGUUAUUAAAACGCGCGACUGUAAAUGAUAUUCUGUAUAUCCGUUCAAUGUUCAAUCUACUUUUCAAAGUUCGAAGAAACGUUAAUACUUUUCGUUUGUUUUUUGUUUUCUUCGGAUAUUGUACGAUACCUCGAAAUACCUGUUUUUGAUUUUCAAUACAAAUAUAUGUUCGAAAUGAUACAUACUUUCACAUUCAAGAGAUCAAAACGAAUCGUGAUUUUUCGUUAUGUACGUUUAAGGGGAGAAACUAGGAUCAUCGUGGGGUGAAAAAAGACCUUAAAGCAGAUCUUUCCACGAGAGGAGCCACUGAUCCUCUUUCGAUUUCAAUAUUGACGCGACACGUUAUCGAUAGUAAACGUUAAUAAGAAAGAUAGAGUAAAGUAUGUUGUUCGGCUCUGGAGAUCAUUCUUGGAAAGGUCUGUAUUAAAGCGUAUCGUUUCUAUCGCGUGAAUCACGUGAAAGAUAGGAUACUUCUUUUCAGUCUUUUUUUAAGUGCCUUAACGAAAUAACGAGGAAUCGACUGGACGAGUAAAACAACGCGUUGGAUAAAUUGCGGGGUAAACUUUUUGUCACCCCUCACCCCUACGCUCUCCUUUUAGUGUUCUAGUUGACUGUAAACGUCUCAGAGCCCAAAAGAUACGUGUAGAUUAAAUAGAUUAACGAGAUAAAUAGAAGAUUAACCAUCACUAUAAACGUAUAAAAACUUGCAUAAUUGAAAACAUCUGAAUAUAUAUACACACACACACACACACACAUGCGAUGUAUGUAUGUAUAUGUAUAUUGUCUAUAUACAUACGUAUAUAAUUAUCGAAAGUCGCCCGUUGUAAUGUAAAUAAAGCUGCCAUCGUAAUUACAGUUUGACAACAGAAUCAUUUCUUUUCUCUUUCUUUAUUGAACCCGCAUUUCUGAUGCGUCGACACAUGUGCGCACCUUUAAAAAAUUACAAAAUACUUUACUUAGUAAUAAUCGACACGCUAAAUACGAUAUCUACGUUACGCGUGGCAGUUGAAAAUUUCGAAAAUGGUUCUCCUCUAAAUUGUGAUAUUUCUUUUCCAGUUCAUUUUGUUCGGUGAAAGUAGUUGUAGUUACGUAGAUACUGACCGGCGAGGUAUCCUAACGAAGCGUGAAUGGAAAGUGUUUUCUAUUAUGUCGUUCUUGUAAGUCGCUUCGUAGAAAUUUGUUUCGUAGAAAAAAGAGGAAUGUACAAUAGUCACACAAUAUUGAUAAUGACCGCGCAACAACGAGUUCCAUUCGCGUAUCGCGGAUGUUAAGUGUCUCCCGACGAACUUUUCUACUGUUCAAAGCAAACCAAGUUCGGCUGAUAAUUCGUGGUCGUUGUUAUCAGUCACGGAAUCCGAGUGUUUAGUAUCGACGCGAAACAACAAGGAAUUUCUAAUGCAAGGAUCAAUAACCAAUCGCAAAGACGAUGUUUCAUGGAAUUAUCGUCAGGUGUCGCGCAAAGGUGUUGAUUAGGCUGUUUACGAAGACUUAUCAGUUACAUUUAUCUUU